CACUUGGGACAUGGGCGAGGGAGAGGAGGAGGAGGAGGAGGAGGAGGAGGAGGAGGAGGAGGAGGAGGAGGAGGAGGAGGAGGAGGAGGAGGAGGAGGAGGAGGAGGAGGAGGAGGAGGAGGAGGAGGAGGAGGAGGAGGAGGAGGAGGAGGAGGAGGAGGAGGAGGAGGAGGAGGCUGAGGAGGCUGAGGAGGAGGAGGAGGCUGAGACUGAGGAGGAGGAGGCUGAGACUGAGGAGGAGGAGGCUGAGGAGGAGGAGGAGGCUGAGGAGGAAGAGGAGGAGGAGGAGGAGGAAGAGGGGGAGUCUCACGAGGAAGCCUAGGAGGAUUAGGGGGGAGGUUAAGG